AUGUGCGGCCGGCAAGCCGCGACAUGGCGGAUUACUAUGUACCUGCCGCCGUUUGAGGGCUGCGUGCGCGACGCCAAGGCCGGCUCGGUGAUGUGCGCGUACAACUCGGUGACCGGCAUGCCGGCCUGCGCGAGCCGCUACCUCCUGCAGGACGUGCUCCGCGACCGCUGGGGCUUCGACGCCGGCCCAGCCCCGCGACCCAACAAGAAGCUCGUCGCGUACGCGUCGCUCGAGCAACGUCCAGGUCGGCAGUGCGCAGACGCUGAGUUUGAGGUCAGCAUUGCGGACCUCGCCCGGAGCGACGAGGACGGCGACAGGUACAUCUACCCCGGCGACUACACGGUGGCGCGGGACACGAAGGCGAUCAUCACGGCGAGCUUCAAACUCACUGGUCAGGUGGCUAGGAUUAGCAGUUUGCCUCGAAAGUCUUGA